AUGUCCUCUCCAGAAGCUCCUCUUGCUCUUGAUGAAGAGACAGUAAAAUCUAUUGCUUCAGCUCUUAAAGAGACAAUUCAGUCAGAAGUAUGCACAAUGCUUAAUGCAACUGUCGAAUCAAUAGUAAAAGGCGUUGUUGACGGAUUGCAACUGCAAAUUAAUGUCCUUCAGAAGGAAAACGAGGACCUUAAAGCGACAAACCUAGCCUUAUCUACCCGAAUUGACAUACUUGAACUCAGAGCCGACGCUACAGAACAAUAUAGUCGUCGUGACAAUCUGCGUAUCACAGGUAUAUCAGAAAACAAAGAUGAAAACACCGACCAAAUCAUACUUGAUAUGAGCUCAAGCAUUGGUGCUGACUUGAGCUUAGAUGAAAUAGCUGUGUCACAUCGAGUCGGUAAACCUAGAUCAUCUGGAAAGCCGCGCGAUAUCCUGGUGAAGUUCGCCUCUCGUCGCUCUAGAGAUAAACUUCUCAAGAAGCGUGCUCUUCUGAAGUCUAAAGGCCACACGAAAACCUUUGUUAAUGAAGAUUUAACAAAAAUUAGAUCUGAACUUCUAUAUGAAGCACGCCAACUUGUUAAAAAUAAAGUAAUUCUCGGCGCUUGGACCACUGAUGGAAUAAUAAUUGUAAAAAGCAGCACAGAGACUAUUUAUCGUAUUCUUUCAAAACGUGACUUAUCUCAGUUCUAUUCCUAUACUGUUGGGUAG